AUGGCCUCCAAAUCGUUUCCCAAAGCGGAAAUCAAAAAAUUUCUGUGUAUACAAAGUAAUCCAACGAAAUGGAAGGGGCUGUUGGUUGGAUCGUUAACGAAAAUCGUCGAUCAAGUGCACCCAUUGUUAGCAGUCAGCGACGAAGCAUUAGAAUAUGUCGAAAUGCUUAUUGUACAAUGUCUGGAGAUACUCACGUUAAGGUCAUCACCACCGCACACUGUAUUGGACAUCGAAGAUCAAGUGAAACGAUGGUUUCCUAAGCCAUUAGACAAGUGGGCUAUUAAAGAUGCAAACGAAGCAAUAGAAAAAAGCAAGAAAAAACACCAUUUAAUAUUACCAACCGAUAAAAUUAAUAAUUUUGUGCAAAAGGAACUACUCCAAUACAAGUUAGACUAUCCGGUGGCUCUUUACAUAACAGCUGUUUUGGAAUACAUGGCAGCAGACAUUUUAAAAUUAGCUGGUAACUAUGUAAAAAAUAUACACCAUGUAGAAAUCAGUUAUCAAGACCUAUGUGUUGCGAUAUGUGGCGAUAAAGUAUUAAUGGACUUGUUUAGCCAGCAUGACAACAAUGGUGACUUGAAUCUGUCUGAAUUAAGUAUUGAUAAAAUCCAAAGAAUCACUACUUAUGAAGAAGUCAUAAGAGAUCUGAUGCAUGAUGAAAAACAACUUGUUAGAGAUUUAUAUUUAAUUUUAAAAGUGUUCAAAGAAGAAAUCAAUCGCGCCAUUCCUGUAGGUACCUGUCAAGAAUUGGAUAAUAUGUUUUACAAUAUUGCAGAAAUAUGUAAGACUACUAGAUUAUUUUUAAGUUCUAUUGAAGACAUAUUGGAAAUAUCAGACGAUAAAUUUACCACGGUUGGUUGUUGUAUUGAAGAAUUCGCUGAAGCCGCUGAAUUUGAUGUGUUUGAAUCGUAUGCAAAUGAUAUUGUAAAUAAACAAUGUAGGAAUAUAUUUUGGAAUUUAAUCAGUAAACCAGAAGUUUCUAAUUCACUUCAAUCGACUGGUUUUAAAGAAGCUCUAAAAUAUUAUUUUCCAAAAUUGUUACUUUUACCCAUAUGGCAUUGUAUUCUCUAUUUUGAUUAUUUUAAAAUUUUGCAUCAACUUUCUCCUUCCCAGCAUGAUAAAGAAUGUUUGGAACAAGCAGAAGGCAUGUUUAAACCUUUGCAAUUAAAAAUGAUAUCAGUUGCAAAUCAAAUUAACUUAAAAGAUAAUGUCAAAGAAUUUGGACUUAAAAUUAAUGCAACACCUAGACGAUUGUUAGCCAUUGAAAAACUGCAAAAUAUGCAAAAAACUAUUGAUGGCUGGGAUGGUAAAGAUAUGGGUCAGUGUUGUACAGAGUUCAUAAGAGAAGGAAUACUUUUAAAAGUUUCAAGCGGAGGUAAACGUUGUUCAGAGCGUAAAGCAAUCUUAUUUGAUGGUGUUCUUAUUUUAUGUAAAUUAAAUAGCAAAAAGACUUCUGCAUUAGUCAGCUCUCAACUUGUUGGUAACUUGUCUGAAUUCAAAUUCAAAUUAAAAGAAAAAUUAUUUAUUAGAAAAGUGGACAUUUUUGAUAGAGAUGAUACAGACGAGACAAAACACUUUUUUGAUAUAUUCCCUCUUUUAGAGCAACCAGUAACAUUAGUUGCUAGGACUUUUGAAGAUAAAGCUAAUUGGAUGGCGGAUUUACUUAUGCUGACCUCAAAAAGUAUACUAGACAGAACUUUAAACAAUAUACUACUAGAUGAAGAAAAAAAAAUUCCCUUGAGGUUACCUUCAGUUGAAGAAUACAGAUUUGUUGAACCUGAUUCUCGAUCCAACAUCAUUUUUGAAGAAAAAGAAAAUAAUGGUGUUCCUCUUAUUAAAGGUGCUAUAUUGCUGAAACUUAUAGAACGAUUGACAUAUCAUAUUUAUGCUGAUCCAAAAUUUGUAAAAACUUUUUUAACAACAUAUCGCAGUUUUUGUUCACCUCAUGAUUUAAUGAAUCUCCUAAUUGAAAGAUACAAGAUUCCUGAGCCUUUUGGUAUAACUCUGAAUUCAGAAAGUCUUCGAGAUGAAACUAAGCGAUUUAAAAAAGAAUAUUUAAUACCUGUUCAAUUUAGAGUGUUAAAUGUGUUUAGGCAUUGGGUCAACUAUCACUAUUACGAUUAUCAAUGCUAUCCAUAUUUAUUAGAUAAAUUGUAUGAAUUUUUAGAUUCAAUCAAUGGGAAAUCAAUCAAAAAAUGGGCUGAUUCACUUAUUAAAAUAAUUAAUAGAAAAACUUCUGAAUCUCAAAAAAAAAUUAAGUUUGCAUUUGAUUCACCACCGCCAGCAAUCGAAGUUCAUAUGGACUUCAAUGGAAAUGACAAGUUUAACAUUCUACUUGUACAUCCUCUUGAGUUUGCAAGACAAUUAACACUUAUUGAAUCUGAAAAUUAUAGAGCAGUUAAACCUUCAGAGUUGGUUGGAUCUGUGUGGACUAAAAAGGAUAAAGAAAUAAAUUCUCCAAAUUUACUUCGGUUAAUCAAACGUACUACAAAUUUUAGUCGUUGGAUUGAAAAAAGUGUUGUGGAAUGUGAAAAUAUUGAAGAGAGAGUAGCAACUGUGUCUAGAUUUAUUGAAGUAAUGAUGGCAUUAUAUCAACUAAAUAAUUUCAAUGGUGUCUUAGGUGUUUUUUCAGCUAUGAGUUCGGCUGCAGUAUUUCGUCUAAAAUUUACAAUGCAAUCUAUCAAUGCUAAACUUGAUAAAGCGCUAGAAGAAGCUCGUGAUUUGAAUAGUAAUCAUUUUAAAAAAUAUCAAGAUAAAUUAAGAAGUAUAAAUCCACCAUGUGUUCCAUUCAUUGGUAUGUAUUUAACAAAUAUAUUGCAUAUUGAAGAAGGUAAUCCAGAUUGUUUGACAAACAAUCCAAGUUUAAUUAAUUUUAAUAAACGAAGAAAAGUGGCAGAAAUUAUUGGAGAAAUCCAGCAAUAUCAAAAUCAACCUUACUGUUUAAAUGUCGAGCCUAAAAUAAAAAAGUUUUUAGAGAACUUAAAUCCAUUCAAUGAUAUGAAAGAUACAGAUAUUAGUAACUAUUUGUAUAAUAAAUCUUUAGAAAUUGAACCAAGAAAUUGCAAACAACUUCCUAAGUAUCCACGAAAAUGGCCAGACUUAAAUCUUAAGUCACCUGGCUUAAAGCCUAAAUCACGAGUACCAUCAGUAUCUUCCAAAGACAUGGAUGUCCAAGGUAAAAGACAUUUAAGUUCAUCAAGUUCUCCUGUUAUUAGAAUGGAUAAAAGAGAUCUAGAUGAUUCUGUCUUUGCACCAGUAACAUUUACUUUUGGAAAAAAUAGCCUUGUUCCUCCAGUUCCACCUCGACUGAGUAAAAUUAAUGAUGAAUCAAUCGCACCACCUUUACAUCCAAGAAAAAUAGGUCCACCUUUACCUCCAAGAACAUUACAAGUAGGUUUUGUAUUUGUUCAGACUUCUAUAGACCCAACCAAACCAGGAAUUAACCAAGAUUUUAAUUUUAAGAAAACCCUUGAACCUAAUCCUAGUAAAAUAGAUCCGAAAACAGAUGCAGUUAAUUUUCUUGAAAGUGAUGAUACUUUAGAAUCUUACCACCAUUCCUUAAAUAGAUAUUUGUAUAAUACUCUAGAUUACUAUGAAAACGGUUGUACUAAAAAAAAGGACUCAUAA